GUGUUGCCGCGGUGGCCUCCCCGCCGCCUUGGCCACACUGGCGGCACGACAACACAUGGCGUGAUCGCCGCCGCUCGCCCCAAACGUUUGUGACAAGUUUGUGCCCCGGAAGACGUGUGUGCCAGGCGCCAGCACCCCUGAAGGCCGGAGCCAUGCUGCUGUUGAACCUGCCGGCCCCCGAGGAGGGCGUCAAGCACCGCCAGGAGAACACCAGGCUGGUGCUGCACCAGGAGACGCACGGCCCGGGCACGCUGGUCAUCGCGGAGAGCCGUGUGUCGUGGGUCAAGGACGGGGAGGAGCAGCACACCCUGUCGCUGGCCUAUCCACACAUUGCCAUCCAUGCCGUCAGCCGGGACACGUCCAACCAGAACCAGCCAUGUCUCUGCCUCAUCAUUGACACCACCAUCAACCUGCCCUGGGUUAAUACACCUGUCAUCACUAACGAAGCAGAAGACUCCGAUGAGGAGGAUGAGGCGGGGACGGCCUGCACUGAGCUGAAAUUCAUCCCCUCAGACCCCAUGUCCCUGGAGCCCAUGUACCAGGCUCUCAAUGUGUGCCAGGCACUGCACCCAGACCCUCAGGACCAGUCUGAUGAGGAUCUGUGGGCUGAAGAUGAUGAAGGUAUCUACGAUGAGGGAGAUUAUGAAGUGAGUGAGAACGGCUACCACUCACCAUAUGAGGACAACAUGGAAGCAGGCGUUGACGGUGUUCCUCGCGUCGGGAGCCGGACAGCCCCAAGCCACCUGGAGCAGAACGCAGAGGGAGAGGCUGAGGAGGCCAUGGAGACGGGCCAGUUUGAUGAUGCUGAUGACUAAGUCUUGCUGAACAUUCCCCUCCAGGAACCAAGUAAUUUUGGAGAUGUUCCUUAUGGAAGGAAGCUUUCUGAACAAACACAAGGGCUGGUGCAAAGUUCAGGUCUUGUGUUAUUGUCUUGCUCUCUGUGUUGCUAAGUUGUAAUCCUUAGGCAGCCUAAGGAGUUGAGGGGAAACAAAGUACUAAAGGGAAAAUUAUGAGAUAUAAGAAGUAUAUUUUUAGCACUGAUCUGUUCUGCAUAAACUAUGCAGAUUGUUGAAAUGUUAAGUGUGAUAUAAUGUUAAUUUUUUUGUUGUGAAGGAAUUUAUAAUCAAUUGAAGAAUGAUGUACUCGGGUACAGAAAGGCGGUGCCUGAGAAGCAGACCACAAACAUAAAAGUUUGACAUAGUUAUGGAACAUAAUGUUGAUGUGUGCUCACAGAGGCAUUAGUAUUGUGCAGUGAGGUGAGAGGAAGGCCACGUAUCAUAAACCUGAAGUAAUGAAUUCUGUUCAUACAAGUGUUUAGGUGGGACUUGGGCUUAGUCAGAGGAAAACUAACUAACUAAUGGGUAGUGUAUCCCCCAGGGCACAUCGCUUCACUCACUCACUCACUGCCUCCACUCUUGGUGGUCCCCCCGAGCAAAAUAAAGUUGGGAGCAUACGCUAUAGCUGUGCGUGGCAGCGGUGCUCAUCUUUGUCCCACUGCCCCUUAGAGCCUGUGGUGGGAGAAAACCCUUAAAUAGACACAGGGUCACUAUAACAUCUGGAUUACCACACUUUACCUUCCUCAGCCUUCCCCAUGUUUCCAUUUAUCAACCAUCCCAACACAAAGGAUGAACAGCUGGGAUGGCUGCGUGCCAACUGCCCGGGCCAGGAUUCAAACCCAUGCCCGCAGAGUGGUAGUCAGUGCCGCUAACCACUGCACCACAGAUUGCCUCCAAGCAACCUGAAGCAAAAAUCUGUUUUGUGGUUAUGCUUUUUACAUAAACUAUUUGCUUCACUCCCCACUGCUUUUACAAGAAAUGAGACUACAAUUACUGUUAUGUUACAGAGGUUUAAGAUUUGAUACAAAAUGAAGUGUUAGAGGCUGGCUGUGGUAAACCAUGACUAGGAACUUCUCAAAAGUGUGUUUAUGGUAUUUAAUGUGUGACAUAAUUUGGUUCCAUUGGAAUAUUAUGAACAUUAUUUCUCAUGGAGUUUAGAUUUCCAAGGCAGUGAGUGUGUUCAACAAUGGUUUCAAUGUAAAUGAUUUGUCAGAUUUCACAGUUUCUUUAUCUUCGAGAGGGAGAUGCUUUAAGUUUGUUGUGCAUUAAGCAAUCUGGACUGACAGUUUUUAGGAAGGUGACAAGGUGUGUGUGGAGUGGUGGACAAGACUGCCAGUGAGUCAUUUGUGUGUGUGUUCCAUGGGAUGAAUCUCUUCACAAGGAUGAACUGCUAAAAAUGUUGACUGUCAGUAAUAUGUUUGCAGUGAUAGUAAAUCCAGUACAAGACAGACGACCUGAAUACGUUAGUACUUAGGAUUUGUAUGUGAUUACAGGAUGUUUGAGCUAACCCUCAUUAGAGCAGCACUCAGCCCUGUGUUUGUACUGAGAAUAUUAAUUUCCUUAGCAAAGAUUUGUGCUCAGUGGAAAUGAAUUCCAUUUUCUGACUCGUAGUUGUCUGCCUGAAGAGUGUCCGUGGCGGCACACACUGCUUCCCCUAUAAAUUUUGUAAUGAAAAGUAUAUGCUAAAGUGAGUUUUUUUUCUCCAGGUACCUGAAAAAUAAAGAAUAUGUAUUGUU